CCUUCACGCAGACUCUGUCCAUCUCCCCCUCCCUGGCGACCAUCUAGCGUCCGCCACCCGACCCAGUGCUCCAUCCGCAGCGAGCGCCGUAAACUUCAACUCGCAUCGUCUGCCCCGCUAGCUGCACCUCUGCCACGAUGGAAGGCCGAGCUGCCCGGGCCGGAAAGGUCCAGAACAAGACACCUGCGGCCCUCCAGAUCACGGCCGAGCAGAUUCUGAGAGAAGCCACCGAGCGAACUGAGGGCGAGUUCAAGCAGCCCCGACAAAAGAUCACCGAUAAGGAGGAGCUCGACGAGUUCAAGCUCAAGAAGCGAAAGACCUUCGAGGAUGCUAUCCGCCGCAACCGAACUAGCGUUGGCGCCUGGCUGAAAUAUGCCGCGUGGGAGGAGAGCAUGAACGAAAUGGAGAGAGCCCGGUCCGUAUAUGAGCGAGCGCUCGAGGUCGAUCACCGCAACCAGGCCCUGUGGCUCAAGUAUUCCGAGAUGGAGAUCAAGUGGAAAAACAUCAACCGCGCCCGCAACAUCUUUGACCGAGCCGUUGCGCUCCUGCCGCGAGUCGACCUGUUUUGGUACAAGUACACGUACAUGGAGGAGAUGCUGGACAACCCGGCCGGCGCCCGCCAGGUCUUUGAGCGCUGGAUGGCCUGGGAACCCUCGGAGGAAGGAUGGAUGGCUUACGUCAAGAUGGAGAAGCGAUACGGCGAGGAAGAGCGCGCUCGCCAGAUCUUCCAGAGAUUCGUCAGUGUCCAUCCGGAGCCGAAAAACUGGCUCAAAUGGGCCAAGUUCGAAGAGCAGAGUGGCCAUGUUGACACGGCGCGCGAGAUCUACACCCAGUGCCUAUCGACUCUGGGAGAGGAUUUCGUCGACCAGAACUUUUUCGUGUCCUUUGCAAAGUUCGAGAUCCGCGUCAAGGAGAUUGAGCGUGCCCGAGUCAUCUACAAGUACGCUCUGGAAAAGUACACCACCAAGGGCACGUUUGAGAACCUGCAAAACUCCUACACCCAGUUCGAGAAGCAGUACGGCGUGCGAGAGGGCAUCGAAGACGUGGUCAUCAGCAAGCGGCGACUCAAAUACGAAGAGGAGAUUGCCGCAAACCCAAAGAACUACGACACAUGGUUCGACUACAUCCGCCUCGAGGAAACCCAGGGCGACCACCCCAAAAUCCGCGAAAUCUUUGAGCGCGCAAUUGCCGAAGUCCCGCCUGUCCUCGAGAAGCGCUUCUGGCGCCGAUAUAUCUACCUGUGGCUGUUUUAUGCGGUUUGGGAAGAGUCACAAGCCAAGGACGCCGAGCGUGCCGGACAGGUCUACAACCAGUGUCUGCGGAUCAUCCCGCACAAGACCUUUACCUUUGCGAAGGUGUGGCUGCUGUACGCACGGUUCCUCGUCCGGCAAAAGAACUUGGAGCAGGCGCGCAAGACCCUCGGCAUGGCCAUCGGCAUGGCGCCCAAGGAGCGGCUCUUCAAGGGCUACAUCGAGCUCGAGAUCCAGCUGCGCGAGUUUGACCGCGUGCGUCUGAUCUACGAAAAGUACCUCGCCUGGAAUCAAAGCAACUGCUACGCCUGGGUCAAGUUUGCCGAGCUCGAGACUGGCGUGGGCGACUCGGAGCGUGCCCGCGGCAUCUUUGAGAUUGCCGUCGCCCAGCCCGAGUUGGACAUGCCCGAGGUGCUCUGGAAAGCAUACAUCGACUUUGAGAUUGGCGAGCAAGAGUGGGAGAAUGCCCGGAGUCUGUAUCAGCGUCUGCUGCAGCGGACAGACCAUGUCAAGGUCUGGAUCAGUUUCGCCAACUUUGAGUUCCAAGCCCUCGACAACGGAGACGAAGCCGAGCGCGCGGUCAAGGCUCGCGAGACCUUCGAGACGGCAUACCAGAAUCUGAAGCGCAAGGAAAUGAAGGACGAACGAGUGGUGCUGCUCGAAGCCCUCAAGGAGUUUGAGACCAGCCACGGCAACGCUUCAACACUGAGCAAGGUUGAGGCCCGCAUGCCGCGAGCGGUCAAGAAGAGAAGAAAGCUCCAGGACGAGUUUGGCCAGUCUGCCGGAUGGGAAGAGUACUUUGACUACAUCUUCCCUGACGACGAGACCGACAAGCCCAACCUCAAGCUGCUCGCCAUGGCGCACGAAUGGAAAACCAAGAUGGCGCAGCUGCAGAGCAAUGAUGACGACGAUGACGACGAUGAUGAUAACGACGACGAUGACGACGACGACGAGGAGGAGGAGGACGAUGACGAUGAAACGGCUGGUAACGGAGAGUAGCCCGUCUCGCCUCGCCUCGCCUCGCCUGUCGCUCUUCAUUCCGUGUCUGUCCAUGGCUGUGCUGACAGAGUUCCCACAUGGUGCCGGGGUUGUGGGCGGUACAAGACCCGCUGCCAUUCCAGAGUGAGAUGUCCAUUCGGCGCACCCAGCUCCCAGUCCCGACUCCUGUCUCGAGCUCGUUUGGCAUAGUAGUAUGCGGACGGGGCGGGGGAAAGUUGACUUUAUGUCUGUGGGGCGAGUAUAAGCAUAAGCUUGGAGACGCAGCCGGCCAGAUCGGUGUCCAAUAAACCUCUGCCGACGGACAGUCCCCAUUGAUUUGUCGAGCCCAUUGAUUGUCGAGCAUUGAUUUAUCGAGCGAUGAACGGCGGCACUGUUCGCCAUCCUGCUGUGAGCCACCAUCCGCCCGAAACUCAUAGUGAAGCCAGGGUUUCUACUUGGCAAAGUAUUGAAUGACAC